GGCAUAUAACUUUCUGUCAGUCGAUAUGCAAAUGAGCAUCCCGUGACGUCACGUGCAGUGCAGGGAGAACCAAUAUGGCGGACUCCGGGUGAGAGAUAAACGUCUGCCUAAAAAACGAGGUAAUUCAUUUAUUGUGAUAAAAAGACCGACAAGUUGAAGGUCAGGAUGUGGCACGAGGCCAGGCGGCAGGAAAAGAAGCUACGGGGGAUGAUGGUGGAUUACAGGAAGCGCGCAGAACGGAGGAGGGAGUACUACGAAAAGAUCAAAAUGGACCCGACCCAGUUCCUACGUGUGUAUGGUCAGCACCACAAGAUCAACCUAGAUCCAGCCGUUUCAUUCGCAGCAGAGGGACCGGGAACCAUGAUGCCUUGGCAGGGUGAUAAUGAGAACAUGGUGGACAGGUUUGAUGUCAGGGCUCAUCUGGACUUCAUACCUGAAUAUAAAGGAGAAAACUCGGACUGGAAAACUUCAGAGGAAUACAAGGAAGAACAGAAAGCUAACUAUGAGAGAUACAGAACUAUGGUGCUUAAGGAGGUACAAGGAUUAACAGAAGAGCAAGUCCUCCAGCAAAUCUAUAUUGAAGAAACGUAUGGAGAGAUUCCCAAGUUUGGAACAACAGAAGAAGAGAAAAACAAGCUGGCCAAAGUGAAGGCAUCCAUUGGCUAUACAUAUGAAGACAGCACCACUGGUGGGGAGGGACAGCCACCUCCAGAGGAGGAGGAGGAGGAGGAGGAAGAAGAGGAGGAGGAGGAGGAAGAGGAUAGUGAUGGCAGCAUCAGUGAUACUGACUUAGAUGUGAUAGUGGAUCCCAAUGAGCUGACCAAAGAGCAGCUGCAAGCGUACAACAAGACGGGCACUCAGUACGGCAUCCCGUUUGGGGACUUUGUCAAGAACCUGAGAAAAGACAAGGAAGAACAAGACCGCAUUCAGCACCAGAAAGAACUGGAGGAAGAAAAGGCUCUCUACUCUGGGCGCAAGUCCAGGCGUGAGAGACGGGCCUUCCGAGAGAAGAGGUUGCGGGGUCGCAAGAUAAGUCCUCCAAGUUACGCCCGACGAGACAGCCCAACGUAUCAGCCUUACAGAAGAGAGUCAUCGGAAUCCAGCUCCCGGUCGCGUUCCCGCUCCCCGGUGAAUGAGGGUCAGGUCACAUUCAUCACCAGCUUCGGUGGCGAGGAGAGCCCGUCCCGUACCCAGCAAGCAUCCAUCGGACCUCACCUGCCGUCGGCCCACCCUCCCCAGCACGGAUCCUCCUCUCGUACUGAUCAAUCUCGAGCUCAGUCCCGUUCUGACAAGAAACACAGACGGCGGAGUAGCAGCUCCAGAUCGAAAAGCUCAUCAAGCUCAUCAUCCAGGUCAUCAUCCAGGUCAAGAUCCAGAUCUCACUCCAGAUCUCACUCCUACGACAGACACCGCCCAAGGCAGAGACGGGGCUCCAGAGACCAGAGUAGGUAUUCGCGAUCGGGAUCUAGAGACCGACACAGGCGAAGAGGCACCCGAGAAAGGUCACACGAACGAGGGGGGCGGUACAAAGAUGUGUCUCGGAUGUACCGGCGCAGGUCUAAGAGCAGGUCGCGAUCUCGAGACAAAAGGACGUCAACGUCUUAUGGCCGUCGCAGGUCAAGAUCUCGGUCUGCAUCAAGGGAUCGUGGGCAUCGUAGGAGCCGGACUAAUUCUCCAGUACAUAGAAAAUCGCAAACACGAAGUCGAAGCCACGAUCGCGCAAAGAGCAACAGUGAAAAAAGGGAGCUUGAGGCAAAACCUACUAUGCCCGACACCCCACAAGCCGGUAAAGCAACAGAGGCCCUGAAAGCCAAGAUGACCCCCCAGGAGAGACUGAAAAGGAGGAUGCAGCAGAUGUUGAACAAACAAUACAAGGCCGACAAGAAAGCUGCUGCCAAGAAAGAGGAGGAGAAGGAGCAAGAGCGCCUGGAACGUGAGGAGGAGCUGCGAGACAUGGCCCGCAAGAUGCGUCGAAGAGAACGAGAGCGCAGAGAGCGUGAACGUGCGGAGGAGUCACGACAUUCUCGCAGUCGCUCCCGAUCACGGUCGCCUAAAGGCAGGAGGCGCGAGCGUGAACGAUCAUCCCCACGAAGGAGGCGGUCUAGGACGCGCUCCCGCUCAAGAUCGCCCCCGCGCCACCACCACCGAUCCUGAGAACUGGGCCCCGAGUCUGCUGCGUCGAGCCUCGCAUCAGCUGACUGCAUCGACUUAGCAUAAGGAGGAAAGCACCAGUUAUCGAUGGACAUCACAUUAGUCGGACAUGAUGGAUCCCACCUGUCAAGUGCUACAGAUGGCAUUAGCAAUUGGAGGGAAUUUUGAACUGUUUAACGUGCACCGCGCCAGGACGACAUCGUGUCGGGACUUGGCUUCGGCGCAAAGAGCCGCCACUUUGCGGAGGAGGCGGUGUUAGUGUGAGACGUUGGAGGUGAAUUCAAUUUGUAUAGGCAUAUUUGUUUUGUUAUCGCAGAAAUUAAAUCGAUAAGAGGGCAAGGGCAGUGGAUGUUAAGUGCCCCUCGGGUUCCCAGGAAUUGGUUAUGAGGAUUAAAUGAUAGCCACUGACCCUCUGAAGUGAUAUUUAGGAAGUAGAUCAGCCAGGCUGUGAUGAAAUAGCCCUGCAUAGUGAAUGGAGAUUGCAUACAUUUAUAGGCUACCCACACUGUAUGUACAGGCAUGUGGACAUUUUUACAUUGUACACUUGUCCAACCUGUGAAUGAUUGUGUGCACUGUAGACAGCUUGGGAUUCCGAAUGCUGCGCAGGAGAUGUGAGAUUGCAAUGUUGAUGUUUUAUCGAUACUCAAAUAUUGCAAGAGAUGAUCCAUCCCUCCAGGCAUGUCGCCACUGUGAGAUGUGGCAGAGAUUGCACCAUCUCACAAGUGCUUCCAUUGGCACAUCCCCAACGAAUCUACUUAAUAUCGCUAAUCUUCCUGCAAAGAUUCGGUAACAACAAAUAGGCUGCCUGCAGAAAAAUGAGAGUCCCUUCACAAAUUCACUGUGACUGCCAUUUACUGGAAAAUGUGAUAAGGGGGAAUGCUCUCCGCAGCGCACGGGAUUCCCGACCAUCCCUAAUGCUUGCUGCAGAAUUGUCCCGCAGUGUCGUGUCACCAUAUCAAAACUUGUACAGAAAUGAGAGAGCAAGUUUUUGUUGUUGAUGCGUUUGAUCUCAAUGGAAUCUAUUUCCGAUGAGAUUUGGGGCCAUUCCAAUUGAGGUUGAGUUUGGAAAGGCAACCGUUAUAUGUGAGAUAUGGUGGGCUGUAAUCAGAGCAACCUUGCAUGAGGGACGAAGUCUGUAGGGGGCUGUGGAAUUGGACACACUGUCGGUGUGCAUAUGAAGUCCCUGGUCAUUAUUACGGAGGAUGAUAACAUGUAUGUUCUCCUGUCAAAUUAAUAGACAUUUAGAAUAUUUGUAUGAAUAGAGGGCUGUGUCUUUCCUUGCUUAUCAUAUCCAUGUGUCCCCAUAGGGGUUUCAGUUUGUGACCUUUGUACUUUCUUCGAAGGAACUUAUUCCACCAAAAACAAGGAAGAAAAAGCCCAGAGGACCUGAAUUAUGUCUUAAGUUAUCGCCUGUGCCAUACCUGUACAUCAUUAUCGUCCCAGGGUUGUGAACUGUCAGGAAACGGAAAUAAUAUACAAGAGUGUAGACAGAACAUGACAGCACCUCUGUUUAGACACAUGCUGUUUACAAACUCUGUACCAAUUAGUUGUUAGUCCAUAAACAUGCGCCACAGGUGGGUGUCAUCAGAGGUUUGCUAAUACAUUGUAAACCAUGAGUUCGUAAAAAGGCACCAAAGGCAUUUAUGAUUGUCCACAUAGAACGUGCACUUAAACUCCAAACUCUCAAGAUGUAUAUUCUCUGAGGACGUAAUUUUCCAUUUAUUAUUAGGAAAAAAAUGCUAAUUGAUAUUUGUAAGCAUCUGUCAUUUUGGGGGAAAUGCAAGAGGCACAGUUGUAAUUAGCAAUUGGCAAAUUAAGAGACACUGUUAAAGCUCUGUUGGUGGUGUCUAGAAGUGUUACAAAUGUUUCUACAUACUUUUAGGAAUUGAAUAAAGAAUGCAUGUAUAUAACUGUA